AGCGACCUUGCCUUGCUACGGGCACACAGAGAUCUUUGUGUGAGCGUCCGUCGAGCAAGGGGGAAAAAGGAUCAACGAAAAAGUUUGGGGGUUUCUUCGAGCCGAAGCGUCGGAGAAGGGAGUAGAGACUAGAGAGUGAGAAGCGAGCAUGACGGAGCACAAGGAGGAGUCGGAGUCGGUGGUGCAGUCGAUGAUGGACAAGGUGUCCGACAAGCUGCACGGCAGCGGGGAUUCCUCGUCGUCCUCCUCGGACUCGGACGACGAGAAGAAGGGGUCCUCUUCGGCGGCGGCCAUGAAGUCCAAGAUCUACCGCCUCUUCGGCCGCGAGAAGCCUGUUCACUCUGUCCUCGGCGGCGGCAAGCCUGCUGAUCUUGUUCUAUGGAGGAACAAGAAGACAUCCGGCGUGGUGCUUGCUGGCGCUACGUCCAUCUGGCUCCUGUUCGAGGUCAUGGAGUACCAUCUGCUCAACUUGGUGUGCCACUGCCUCAUCCUCUCCCUGGCCACCCUCUUCCUCUGGUCCAAUGCCUGCACGUUCAUCAACAAGUCUCCCCCAAACAUUCCUGAGGUGAAAAUUCCAGAGGACCUGACUGUAAACAUUGCACUCUCACUGAGAUAUGAGAUCAACCGGGGUUUCUCCACCCUGAGAGACAUUGGUCAUGGUCGUGAUCUGAAGAAAUUCCUCAUUGUCAUUGCGAGUCUCUGGGUUCUUUCAGUUCUUGGGAACUGCUGCAACUUUUUGACACUGUCAUAUAUAGUCUUUGUGGUGCUGUACACUGUGCCUGUUCUGUAUGAGAAGUAUGAGGACAAGGUUGAUGCGUUUGGAGAGAAGGCCAUGAUCGAACUGAAGAAGUACUAUGCCAUCUUCGAAGAGAAAUGCCUGUCAAAGAUCCCCAAGGGCCAUCUGAAAAACAAGAAGAACUAGAUCAUAGAAGUCAACUGCGGUGAAUUGCCAUCUUUGUUAAUCUCAACUUGUCAUCUCCCAUUUUGAAGGAUCGUUCUGUGUCCUCUUGGUAGUAUAUACAUGUAUGUGCAAUUCUAGUAUGGUUGAUAGUUGUGUGCGCUGAUUCUUUUCUGUGAAGGGGAGUCAUGGCAGCCGGAUACUGUUGGUCUCUAUUUAUUUGUUUCUAUUUUGAACGUUCAGCAUGGCUAUCCCACGUUUCUAUCGAGCCAGAUAUAUUAUGGUA